CCAACACUCGGCCUUCCUGGCCUGUGGGAUUGCCCUCGAUCCCAAACAACCGUAAUAAAUCAAACAGAGUAAAAUAGAAAAACUUACAAAUAACAAAUUGGUAAUACAAAAAAAAAUAAUUUAGAGCUCAUUCGAGCUGGUAAUCAUUGAACCGGGCUGGACGCCUCCUAGACCGGCUGGGUCUGCAGCGGUAUUCUGUAACUCGAUAAGGUAGCUUAACGACAACUUUCGGUUCGUUAAGCUAACGAAAAUUCUCUUAUCAAAUAUAAACGAUAAAAGCGAUUCUGUACUACAGUUAUUCGUUAACCUAACAACUAUUUUCGUUAAAACGGUCGAUAGUAGUAAAAAUAAAAUAUCGUUAACUUAAUACACACAUCAAGACCCCUCGAUAAUACUUACCGGGGAUGGAUAAGAGGAAUAACGUCAUAUUUCGUGUUAUCAUUGAUUUAUUAUCGUAGUUAUUUUAUUAUUUACAAUUUUCAAAAUUUCAAUUUUGAAUUUUGAUCUCGUGAACUAAUGUGAAGUAAUUAUUACAAGUACGAUUUUUAUCUUAGAUACCUAGACAUGGCUCUAGAAUUUUUAUGGUGGGAACUUAUGGUGUUAGAAGAAAGAGUUCGUUUACAAGAAAGGCGUAUUGAAAGAAGGGUUUUGAGAGAUGAACAAAAUCCUUUUGAUCUCCCUCUCGAAGAAUUUAUAUUUAUGUUCCGCAUAAGCCCGGAAUUAGCAUUUGACGUCAUAAAUAUUAUUAGGCCUUUAUUAAAAAAUAAACGUUCUUCAGGGUUAUCUCCAGAAGUGCAAUUCCUAGUUACUGUUCAUUUCUAUGCUCAAGGUAGUUAUCAAAGAGGUUUGGGUGGUAACUCUAUCCUCAACAUAAGCCAGCCAUCUGUGAGUAGGUCCAUCAGUAUUGUCACAAAUGCUAUAAACCAACGUCUUUUGAGACAGUGGGUAAAAUUUCCAAUGACAACUACAGAAAGACAGAAAGCCAGAGAAAAAUUUGAAGCAGCACCCCAACCUUUUGAAGGCACUUUAGGAGCGAUUGAUUGUACACAUAUCAAUAUUCUAGCUCCAAAUAUCCACGAAGAGGCAUAUGUUAAUCACCAUGGUAAUCAUUCGCUCAACGUUCAAGCCAUUGUUGAUCCGGAUUUGAAAAUUUUGAAUAUAAAUGCCAGGUAUCCUGGGGCUCGCAAUGAUUCAUAUAUAUGGAGUGUAUCUGCUGUGCGACAGGGAAUGGAAUUUCAUUUUAAUAAUGGUGAACGUCGUACAUGGUUGAUUGGUGAUGCUGGGUAUCCGUUAGAACCAUGGCUCAUGACACCGUUACCUCAUUAUCCAGAAGGGACACGUCAAUUUGAAUACACCAAAAAUAUUUGCAAAGCCAGAAAUGUGGUAGAAAGAUUUUUUGGUGUAUUUAAAAGUGUUUGGAGGUGCCUUUCAUAUCAAAGAGUACUAAUGUAUGCUCCUGAUAAAGCUGGCAAAAUAGUAAAUGCUUGUGCAACACUCCAUAACAUGCGAAUUCAUUAUAAAUUACCUGUUCCCGAAGAAGAUUUAGAUGUUGAACUAAAUGGUCAAAAUAUGGAUGCAAAUCUAGAAAUACCAUACAUUGAUCAACGAGGAGGUCCAAGAGCAGUGGCUAAGCGGAUACAAAGACAAAUCUUAGAUCAGUUUGAUAAUUUAAGAGAUGGAGAAGAUGAUUAAAAUAAUCAAAGGAGAACAAACACUGAAAAAUGUAGAAAUGUUGAAAAUAAAAUAAAUGUUAAUUAACAAACUCAGUCUUUUAAUUUUAAAACUUA